AUGAAUUAAGAAGAAAGAUGGUUCAAGAAAAAAAAUCCCUUUCAAGUUCAUUUAUAUUGGAUUAUGGGAAAAUUCAUUAUCUCGAUAGAAGUCCUACUUUACAUACUUUCUAUGAAAUGUGUUUUAGUUGACAUUAUACCAAAGAGAUUGAAUACAUAUUUUGAUUUUCCAAUAACAUGCAUAAUAUUAAUGGGAUAUUUACUUACAUUUAGGUCUCUUUACUUAGCUUCAGUAACAGAUUGUGGCACUCAAAUCACAAGCAAGAAUUAUUUAAAAAAGGAAUAGCAUGAAGAUGAGAGAAAAAAGAAAGAAAAAAUUGAAGCCGAAAAGAAAGAGAAGGCUUAAAAAGAAAAGGAUGAAAAGAAAUAAAUGGAAUUGGCAAAAAAAGCUAAAAAAUCAUCUUGUUUAUGCAGAAGAAGAUAAAAAUAAAAAUAAAUCUAGGUAUCAAAUACUGAAUCAGACUCAUAGAUAGAUAGUAGUAAUCAUAUAAAAACAGCAGAGAAAAAUAAUAAAAAUGAAAAGACUAAAGCAAAUAAAAAAUAGUAAUAGACAUAAACAAUUAUUGGAGAAGUUAACUAGACUGAACACAGCGAAGGAUGCAAACACUAAAAUUGUGAUUAACAUUAACAUAAUAAAGGCAAUGAAAUAGACAAAAUAAAAUCAAAGAUAUGCUUAAAAUGCAAUAUCGUUAAAGAAAAACAUGAUCAUCACUGCUCAAUGUGCAAUAAGUGUGUUUAUAGAUUAGAUCAUCAUUGCUUUUUUAUAGGAUAGUGUGUAGGUGAUUAUAACUACCUCUACUUUAUUAGCUAUGUAUUUCUAUCUUAUGUCAUGACUAUGAUAGUUCUUUUAUGUAUUAUUCCAGAUGUUAUAGACUUCUUUUUAUUAUAAUGGGAUAAAUUAUCAUCAAGCUUUGUUGAAAUUUUUAUUCUUCUUUUAGGUGGCAUAUUAUUCCACUUUUUCACCAUGAUAUUGUUAAUUUCUCAUUUGUACUAUAUUUCAAAUGAAGUAACAUACUUAGAAAAUUUGCAUAAUAUGAAAAAGAAGGAAUACUCUGCUUUAGAAUGGGUAUGUAUAAUAAUCAAAUGUUAGUCUCGUGCUAAGCUCUACGAUACUUUCACAGCAAGAUGGCAUUAAAUUUUUGGAAAUCUCAAUUUCACCUCUAUUAUUUAUCCAGAAGGAACUAAGAUUAAACUGGAUUGA